CUCUCUCUCUCUCACUCUCUCUCUCUCUCGACAGAACUUUAAGAACUCUCCCCACCUCCAGUUUUCAUUAGUCAAGAUAGUUUAGUUCAAAUAUCUGGUGAUUUCAGACUUGUGGAGAGUUAUUUUAAUGAAUAAUGUGAACAUUAAAUGGAAAAUGUUUCACACAUUGCUUUUAUUCUGUUUGUUCUUGUGGCAUGUGGUUGGUGUGUUUGGUGUUGAGAGAGUGUCAGUGAUGGAGGGAGAUUCUGUCACUCUACACACUGAUGUCACUGAAAUACAGAGAGAUGAUGAGAUCGAGUGGAGGUUUGGACCUGAAAACAUUCGCAUCGCUAGAAUCAAGAGAAAGAUCGGAGACUUCUCUACAUCUGAUGAUGUUCUUGAUGGGAGAUUCAGAGGUCGACUGCAUCUGAACAAUCAGACUGGAUCUCUCACCAUCACAAACAUCAGAACUGAACACACUGGACUUUAUGAACUAAACAUCAUUACAGUAAAUGAGCGAACGACAAAGAGAUUCAGUGUUACUGUUUAUGCUCGUCUGCCCAUUCCUGUCAUCAUCAGAGACUCUUCUCAAUGUUCUUCAAGCUCUAAAUGUGUGUUGGUGUGUUCAGUGGUGAAUGUGACACAGGUGACUCUCUCCUGGUACAAAGGAAACAGUUUAAUCUCCUCCAUCAGUGUGUCUGAUCUCAACAGCAGUCUCUCUCUACCUCUGGAGGUGGAAUAUCAGGAGAACAACAUCUACAGCUGUGUGAUCAACAAUCCCAUCAGAAACCAGACUAAACAUCUCAACAUUACUGAAGUCUGUCAGCCAUGUUCAGGUGUUAUUUCCUCAGAUUGUGUUCACUGUUGUGGUUUCACUGAAGCUGUGAUCCGAUUGGUCCUCUCUGUUCUGGUGGGCGUGGCUGCUGUUGCUGUACUAGUUUAUGACAUCAUAUCCAGAAGAGAAGUGACAUCACCUUCAUGAAGUGGCAAAACACAUGAAUAUUAAUUAGGAUAAGUGCAGACAAUGCCAAAUAAUAUUUUACUGCUUUUGAGUUUAUAAAUUUAAGUGCUCCAAUAAAUAUUUCACUCUUUCAUUAAUAAAA